UUGAGUAACCUGGGUUACCGUGAUAAUUACAUUAGUGCGCCCUCUCAUUUGGGUAACCAGCCAGUUCUCAUGCUAUUUUCGGCAGGAAUGUCCCUCUUAAAGGAAGCUUCAAGGACAGCGUGUAGACGACGAAUAUACCACCUGGUCUUGACUGGUUAGCGAGCGGAGGAAGAUUCCUGGGCCGAGACGAGAGCGAGCCAGAGUGAGAGGAGCGGACGGAGGCGUUCUGAUUUGAUUUCACUCUGCGAAAUUGCUGUCACUGCGCACGCGAACGAGGAUUUAUCCGAUUGCUGGAUGCGCUGGGCUCUUCUUAUUAAUUCGGGCGUGGUUAGGGGUUUUGAAGGAUGCCUGCCUGAUUGCUUGCUUUCUCGAGGACCUGGCAGGUUUUGUAUUGCGUUGGAGAACCAGAAUUGAUCUGCAUGUGAUCAUGUCUAAGUCCAGGACUAUCCGGUCACUGGGGGGCGUCCUGACGAAGGUUUUGGUUAGACGAUCUGGAGCUCAGGAGGCCAUUUCACGACCUAGAUUUUCGUCCAGCUGGACUGGUAGAACUGAUAGGGCUCGCCUGGGUUUUACGGUAUCGCGAGAUGGCGCUUUGCAGGGAAUAGCACUGCCAUCAACAUCGUUUGUUUUACCGGGCCAUCCCUUUGAAGCUAUGCAACGGAGGAGCAUGUUCAUUCAGACGCAGAGUACUCCAAAUCCAUCAUCUUUAAUGUUCUUUCCUGGAAAGCCUGUCAUGGAAGUUGGCAGUUCGGAUUUUCCAAAUGCUCGCGUGGCUAUGGGAUCUCCCCUCGCGAAAGCUCUGUUCAGGAUAGAUGGUGUUACGCGUGUAUUUUUUGGAGCAGAUUUUGUGAGUGUGACGAAAAUAGAUGAUAUGUCUUGGGACAUUCUAAAACCAGAAAUAUUUGCCGCUAUUAUGGAUUUCUACACAUCGAAAGAACCCUUAUUCUAUGAUGCGCGAAAGCCAGCAGCAUCAGACACCGCAAUUCAUGAGGAUGAUGAUGAGACAGUUGCUAUGAUUAAGGAGUUGCUAGAAACUCGAGUCAGGCCAGCUGUACAAGAUGAUGGUGGUGAUAUUGAGUUCCAUGGAUUUGACGAGGAGACAGGUAUUGUGAAGCUGAAGAUGCAAGGAGCAUGCAGCGGAUGCCCAAGUUCUGCCGUCACUCUGAAAAAUGGAAUCGAGAACAUGUUGAUGCAUUAUGUCCCAGAAGUGAAAGGGGUGGAGGAAGUUCUUGAAUCGGAGGAUGAUGAUGAUGCUGCUGGUGUCAGCUCGAGUCCCACAGCUUAAUAGCCUAGUUAUUUGUUGCAGAGUGUACAGCGAUGACAGUCAUGUUUUCUGGAAGUAAUGUUCACUUUCUAUCAAUUUGACGCGGCAAGGAAUUCAUAGGACAUGAAUUAUACGGGCAUCCUUCAGCUUUGGACUUCACUCGUCCAUUAGAAUCACUCCGGUCUUUGUUGUAAAUAACAAAAUCAUGAAGCUACCAUUAUUCCAUGCCGCACAGAAACUGGGAUGUAUAAUGGUACAUUUUUUGCUCAGUGAAAGUGUUGGGCAGCAUGUACUUGCAUCCAAAGGACCAUUUUUGAAUAGCUUUGAACGAUAUUGUAAUCCGGAUUAUCGUUUCACAUUUGAACCGUGGAUACGAACUCGAGUUCAGUUGUAGGC